AUGGCCCAACCUACUAGUGCUCAUUCGAGCUUCGUCUAUUUGGUCGAGAAUAUUCCGGAUUGGCAGAAGGAAGUCGAUGUUUUGGCAGCACGAACCUUGGCUAAGAAUGGUGAAUUCAAGGCUGAGUAUCUUCGACUUGUGAACCAGAUCAAGCCGAGACGGAGGAAGUCACCCUCACUUGCAUCCAUCCAUACCCUCGAUGACCUCGAACAGCCCACCUCCGAACAUGUCCCUUCAAUAGUUGGAGGUACUGAUUCCAGUGAUGUCCCCUCUCCGCCCGACCGUAUUGAGAUUGAUCCUCUUGAAGCCGGGAAUCGACAUAUAUAUGCACAGGCCAGGAGGAUAAGGAAGCCAGGCCCUUCGGUUCGUUCUGGUGCUUCUGGUCCUCUAAAAAUCCGCAACAAGAACCAAGUCGUGGUUUACUACGAUAGCUUUGUGCAGGAACGUCUAGAUACAUUGGUGAAGCAGCUUGGAAGUGGCCGAAACAAUCUCCGCAAGGGCAAGAAUGCACUGGUUGCUGCCAAAGGCUUUCAGCUCCCUAGACUCAGCCGAGCAGCAGUGCGAAACUAUGACUCGAUAGACGAUAUCCGAAGCAUUCUUGCCUCACGCAGCAACCCUGCACUGCCAGGUGGGAAGAAAUCAACCACUGCCUCGCAGUCAAACACUUCCGACCACGAGUCAACAUUCUUCCAAGUCGACAAGGAGCUUGAAUCGAUCCAGUCGCUUUGUGAAGUGGCCGCACACCAAUUUCUUCGAGAUGGUGAUUGCCAGAUCGAAAUGAUUACAAUCAAGCAGAAGCUUGGAGAACUACUGACCCGAGCAACCUCCUUUGCCGAGACUUUGAAAGUACUGGACGAUCAACAGUUACAACAGGGUGCCAAGCUUGACGCAGACAACCGUUCGUUGGUCUCGGACAACAGUCAUCAUGAUUCGGAUGGCAGUCUUUCCGUUGAUCACUCUUUUCUUGGUACACCCAAACUCAUGGCCCACAAACCCUUUGCCAUCAAUCAUACCCUGGACGACAUGAAAGCUCGUGGAGCGUUCUUCAGCGGCCCAGACACCUCGUUUGGCACCAAUGCCCUUGUAGCCGACAACAUCGAAGUGGAUGAUGAUAGCGAGCAGGAGGACAUCAUGGUUGACGUGGCCGCAUUUCGGCUGGCCAAGGCAAGACAAGCACGAGUCUAA